CAUUGGACAGCCACGCAGCCAAUGAGGAAAGCGGAAAGUUAGAGGCGGGACUUGGGAGUAGGGCAAAGGUAAGGGUGUGCGCCGAGAUGCUGGCAUGCGCGCCACGCCCGCCAGUUGCUUGGCUCUGUUCCCUGACCGUCUCGGGCUUUCGUUGGUAACGUUGUCUGGACCUAACUGUCCUGCUGUACGCAGCUUUCUUUCCACCCGCGACGGGAACCCCCUCACUCCAGUCCUUCUUUUCCUCGCUCAUUUACACCCAGUAUCAGCUCUGCACGUGUAAUGUGCCAACCAAAUAGUCGCAGUGAUGAAAAGAUGCCCAGAGGAUCUCAAGGCUCCUCCUUCCACUAACCAGCAGCUCCUGCUCUGUUGGGCGGAGAUCACAGUCACAGCGCUACCUCAGUAGCUUACUGGCAGAGAAGCCCGGGACGGCCAUGUGCGUGGGCUGCGGGAGUCAGAUCCACGACCAGUUUAUCCUUCGCGUGUCGCCCGACCUCGAGUGGCACGCCGCCUGCCUCAAGUGCGCGGAGUGCAGCCAGUACCUGGACGAGACGUGCACGUGCUUCGUGAGAGACGGGAAAACCUACUGCAAGCGGGACUACGUCAGGCUGUUCGGCAUCAAGUGUGCCCAGUGCCAGGUGGGCUUCAGCAGCAGUGACCUGGUGAUGCGGGCGCGGGACAGCGUGUACCACAUCGAGUGCUUCCGCUGCUCGGUGUGCAGCCGCCAGCUGCUCCCUGGAGACGAGUUCUCGCUGCGGGAGCAUGAGCUGCUCUGCCGAGCCGACCACGGCCUCCUGCUGGAGCGCGCUGCGGCCGGCAGCCCUCGCAGCCCCGGUCCGCUCCCCGGCGCCCGCGGCCUGCAUCUGCCAGACGCUGGGUCCGGACGACAGCCCUCACUGCGCACGCACGUGCACAAGCAGGCGGAGAAGACAACCCGGGUGCGGACUGUACUCAACGAGAAGCAACUGCAUACCCUGCGGACGUGCUACGCCGCCAAUCCGCGGCCCGACGCGCUCAUGAAAGAGCAGCUAGUAGAGAUGACCGGCUUGAGCCCGCGGGUCAUCCGAGUGUGGUUUCAGAACAAGCGUUGCAAGGACAAGAAGAAGUCCAUUCUCAUGAAGCAGCUACAGCAGCAGCAACAUAGCGACAAGGCGAGCCUCCAGGGACUGACUGGGACGCCUCUGGUGGCAGGCAGCCCCAUCCGCCAUGAGAACGCGGUGCAGGGCAGCGCAGUCGAGGUGCAGACGUACCAGCCGCCCUGGAAAGCACUCAGUGAGUUCGCACUCCAGAGCGACCUGGACCAACCCGCCUUUCAACAGCUGGUUUCCUUCUCCGAGUCAGGCUCCCUAGGCAACUCCUCCGGUAGCGACGUGACUUCUCUGUCCUCGCAGCUCCCGGACACCCCCAACAGUAUGGUACCUAGUCCGGUGGAGACGUGAGCGAGGAACCCUCCCUGCCAGCCCGCGGACCUCGCAUGCUCCCUGCAUGAGACUCACCCAUGCUCAGGCCAUUCCAGCUCUGAAAAAUCUCCGGCCCUUGUAAUUAUUGUUGUUAUUUAAAGCGGGCGGGCAGAGGCACGCGACCGCGACGGGACGGCCAGCAGCGCUGGGACGCAGCCUGCACCGCUGAGACUGGAGACUCCGGCUCCAAGGACUUUUUUUUUUCCCUCAUAACUAGAAUUUGGGACAUUCUGGGUUAG